CGUUGAGGAAGACCUGCAGCUCUUCUGCUUCCUUCGCUGAGAUGUCUCACCCAAUAAACCAAGCAAGCAAGAGCAGUCCCUUCGGCAACCUCACCCUGGAGGAGUUCUAUCGACAGCAUCACAUCCUCCACCGCGAGUCCUUUAUGCUCAACAACCACAACAUGAAGAUCUUCACCCAGUCAUGGCGCCCGGCGUCGCCGUCCGCCGCAGUCCAUGGCCUGGUCGCCAUGAUCCACGGCUACGCCUCCGAGAGCAGCUGGGUGUUCCAGCUCACCGCCGUGGCCAUCGCCAAGCGGGGGUUCGUGGUGUGCGCCCUCGACCUCCGCGGCCAUGGCCGCUCCGAGGGCCGCAGAGGUCACAUCCCCAGCAUCGGCCCCCUGGUGGACGACUGCGUGGCGUUCUUCGGCUCGGCCCGGUCGGCCCAUCCCCACCUCCCGGCCUUUCUGUACGGCGAGUCGCUCGGGGGGGCGACGGCGAUCCUCGUGUACCUCAGGGAGAAGGCGAGGUGGAGCGGGCUGGUGCUGAACGGCGCCAUGUGCGGCGUCUCCGCCAGGUUCAAGCCGCCGUGGCCCCUCGAGAAGUUCCUACCGCUGGCGGCCCACGUCGCGCCGAGCUGGAGGGUGGCGGUGACCAAGUCCCUGGUGCACCAGUCCUACAGGGAGAAGUGGGUGAGGGAGCUGGUGAGGAGGAACCCGAGGGCGCAGAAGAGCGAGCACCCGCCGGCGGCGACGGCGUUGGAGCUGCUGAGAGUGUGCGACGAGGUCAAACGGAGGGGCAGCGAGGUGGCGGCGCCGCUGCUGGUGCUUCACGGGGAGAGGGACUCGGUGUGCGACGCGGAGUCGGCGGAGCUGGUGUACGAACUAGCGGGGAGCCAGGACAAGACGCUGGCGCUGGUCCCGGGCAUGGGGCACCAGUUGAUCGGAGAGCCAGCGGAGACGGCGGAUUUGGGGUUCGAGAUCAUAUUCUCCUGGCUGGAGAACAGGGCCUCUUCGUCGUCUGGCCAUGGUGGUGCGGCAUAAGUGCCGCUGUGUGGAAUGCUUCUGCGGAAAGAAAUAAAAAAAGAAGCUCAGAUGCGCUGGAUUGUCGUCUAA